AUGUCAACUUCAGAUAGCCAGAGCAUUCCAAUGUUUGCAAACAAGAAAUUUGGUUUUAUCGGAACAGGAGCCAUGAAUGGCUCAAUCAUUCGUGCCAUUGUUAACAAAAACAGCAGUCAUGAAUCGUCAUCAUCAUUUCCAAUGAUUAAACCACAACAAAUAUUUGCCUAUGAUCCCAAUGUUGAAUUUUUAAACAAAAUUGUGCAAGAAACCAAUAUUCAAAAAUGUUCAAAUAACAAUGAAAUUAUUGAUACGUGUGAUGUGAUAAUUCUUGGAGUAAAACCUCAAGGCUUAGAGAGUGUGUUGAAAGAAGCCUCUUCAGCCUUUGCAACCAAGAAAUCUGACUUGUUGUUAAUAAGCAUUGCUGCAGGAUAUAAAAUUUCAACCAUUUACGAGCAUUUAGCACAAAUUGCUCAAGCAAAUGAGAGAGCAUUGGAUGAAUUUUUCAGUGUGGUUCGAGUGGCACGAGUGAUGCCAAAUAUUUGUUGUACUGUUGAGGAAUCUGCAAGUGGAUAUGUGCUGGGAAAGCCUCCACAUGGAGCUUCAAAACACAUAACUCUUGACACCAUGGAAAAUGACAAGUCCAUGGUUCAGGCCAUCUUCUCAAUGAUUGGUGAAUGUGUGAGUUUAAGCGAUGAGAGUUAUUUGGAUGCUGUGACAGGACUCUCAGGAAGUGGGCCAGCUUUUGCAUUCAUGUUCAUUGAAGCCUUAGCAGAGGCAGGAGUAUAUUGUGGUUUGGCGAGAGAGACAAGCAAUAUUUUGGCAGCACAAACAGUAUUGGGAGCUGCCAAGAUGGUCCUAAAGGAGAAGGUUUCACCUGGAGUAUUGAAGGACAGAGUCGUUUCUCCAGCAGGAACCACAUCUAGAGGAGUUUUAGCUUUAGAGGAAGGAAGUUUCAGAGGUACGGUGAUGAAAGCGGUGAUUGCUGCCACCGAAAGGAGUAUUGAAUUGGGAAAGGUAUCAAAACUAUAA